AUGAGAGCAAAGAUAAUAAAGAUUAAAAUAUGCUACAAGAUUUGUUUCGCGUCCAUCCUGACAUCAUUCUUCGCCGGGGUCGUCGUCUUACACGCAAAACUCACAUUCCUAAACAUCUGCAGCGUGCCAAUCCAGACGCAGACGCAACGAUCAGAAUGCGAUCCCGACAACUUCGGAUCGCAACUCCCUCCAAGCCAGCACUCCCCUGAUCUUUUCAUCAACCAAGUGAAAUCAUUCCUAAUGAAAGACGACUACAAACUGCGUUCGUUAAAACGAAAACAGGCAAAAAACCAUCUUCGUAUCAAUUACAACGAUGAUCAUCAAACCUCGCAUACUGAUAAUUAUACAAAUGAUUUCAGAUUUUACGAAAAAUAUGAAAAUGAAUUUAAACCAUUCGGCAAACAUUUCAUAUUCAGCGCAUACUUUGAUGACAGAGUCGAGUCUAUUAAUAAUGACCCUAGCCUUAAAAUCAACAUGUUUGCUAGUGCUGGACUCAAUCACGUCGAUGUGAAUUCUAGGGAGGAGUUAUUAGGAUACGUUAGAGUGAUUGCUCUGAUGGAGGUCAAGCAGGCCAUGCAGGCAGUUUAUUGUCAUUAUAGUGACGAGCCAGUGUCAAACUUUGCCAUCGAUGACAAAGUCCUAAACGAUCUAGCCAAAUUAGUAGAAGGAGAUAUAUACGAGAUGUGUGAAAAUCACAAAAAAGAGUUCGGUGGCUAUAUAAUAACAUGCCCUCUGCCAAACAAUUUUAACCAUACUACUAUGAGCGCAUCCUUCAAAUUUGGUUACAUACCUAAAUACGUAACGCUUAUCUACGGCACUGAGCGAGUUAGUGAGGUUAAUGAUAGUCAGAGUGAAAAAACACGAAGCAAAACAGUCAUUCCGGAAGAAAUAAGUGAAAUUAUUGUCGCUAAAACUCAUAGAAACAGCUCUGGAGUUUAUUUUAUGAGUAAAAGUAUUCAAAAAGUAAUUCCGUCAAAUGCUUCGAGCUCAUUUACGAAGCACAAAACUGACAAAAAAUUACUGAAAAUGAGAAAAGUAACGAAACGACGCUACACUAAAUCGUUUUACGUCGAAUACGUCAGGAUAUCAAGCAGACGACGUCAUCAAAUGUUUUCGUCUGCCAAAUACCACUUCGGUAUCUGCGUCCCGCCAGUUCACAAGAAGACUCUAACAGCAUCUAAAUUGAUCGAUUUCAUUGAGACUCAUCUCUUGUUAGGAGUUGAUCACUUCAUUAUGUACAUCAAGCCAGACUUGCCAGAUGAAUUAAAAGACGCGUUAGAUUAUUAUAAAGAGGUAGGCAUUUGCACUCUCAUACCGUGGAACCUACCACAAACUAAUUUCAACAUUUGGUCCAAUGGUCAGUUGCUAGCCGCUAACGAUUGUCUCUACAGAUUCAUGUAUAAAUUUGAGUACUUGGCAUUUGUAGAUAUAGAUGAGUUUAUCAUUCCAGUGGCGAGUGCAAGCUGGGAUGACAUGAUUUCACGCUUGGAGAAUAGCACGCAUUGUACAACGAAUGGCACUGCUGCUACUUCUCCCGCUAUUAAUAUUAAUAACAACACCGACGAUUUGGGAGAAUUUUUAGGAUUAACGUUUUUGAGAUCGAAAUGCGUGGUGUUUUAUUUAGCGAGUGCCUUCAUACAUCAGCUCGUCGACAGCAGCUUGCAUGGCUACAACCUGGAAUCCGACCUUAGAGUUAAAAUUUUUAGUCGCGUCCGGACAAAAGUGAUCGUCAGCCCGAAGUUUGUCCUCGAAAUGGGUAUUCAUCACGUUAACAAAAUAAUACAGAUCAAAAGAAAGUUAAACAACGAAACAAUGGAAUUGUAUAUUAACGACACGGCAUACCAACACAAAAACGUCUCUCAAACAAAGACAAACGCCGUCAACUUACUAAAAUCUUUUGAGAUCUCAACAGACAUCGCUUACAUCCAUCAUUUCAGGCGAUGUACUCGCACCUACGAUCCGAAUAUCGAGUGUAACAUCUUAAGGACCGAUAAAACGUUUGCCCCGAUUCUGCCAGAAUUAAGAGUGAGAACGUUUCUGGUUCUCUGGUAUUUACGCGAACGUCAACUGCGUCAAGCUAGAAAUGAAACCGAAAGCAAUAAAUUUUUGGUCGUUUAA